CACGUCCGUAUGCCGUCUUAUUUUGAAACCGCUCCGCAAAAACUUAUUUAUUCCCAAUUUAAAACUGUAUGAACCUCCCCAGACUCUUUACAUUGUACAUUUUAGUCCUUUUCAGAUGUUUUAAUGAAUUUUUUUUUUUUUUUUUUUUACAGUUGUACAUGGUACUAGUCCCACUCGUGGUCCGCAGGCUCCCUCUUGUGGUACGUGAAACAAUCACUGCCCGAGUACAAUUCAGUUGUAUUUAACUUUCAUGUGCAAUACGUUGAUUUUGGAUCGUUACUUUCGAUCCAGUUUUCCCUUUAUAUUUAAGCGCGGCGUUAAAUGUUCAAACUGCAUAAUAUUACAGGAGCAUACUAAAAGCUUUUAGGUCGUUUUUGUGGUACUUUGAGAAUUUUUCGAGGUGGUACUCGAUGUAAAAUGUUUGAGAGCCACCGUUCAAGUAGAACAAAGUGAAAGAAACUUGACUCACAACAACAGUCGAAAUGAACCACCCCCCCACCCCCUUGUAUCGGUGGUCCUGGAGUGGGGGGGGGUAUCGGUGUCCGUGAAAGGGCAGGGGCGGGUCACAAGCGCGUGGCCUAUAAAGUGCACGCGCGCCAGUUUGCGGAAAGAAGAAGCUGAAGAGGUUUUUUUUGGGUGGGGGCAUGACUCGCAACGUGGACGCGCUGCUGUGCGCGCUCUCCCUGGCGACGGUGGCGUGCGCCAGGGAUGUGCGUGUCCGGCUCAACUCCAUCCGGACGGUGGUUGUGCACAAGGGGCCCGCGGUCUCGUUCAACGGGAGCGCGUGGGAGCUGACGCACAGGCAGUGCAUCAGCGACCUGGAGUGCAGCGAGGGGAGCUACUGCCACGCCCCCUACAGAGGCCCCGCCCACUCCAGCUGCCGGACCUGCAGGAGGAGGAAGAAGCGUUGCCAUAGAGAUGGCAUGUGUUGCCCCGGCAACCUCUGCAGCAACAGUGUGUGCGUUCCCGACGGCGACGCGACGGCAUCCCAGCAGAUUGCCGAGCACGACGACUGGGCGAGCGCUGUGGCCUCCCCCAAGGCAAGAUGGAGCAAGAUGGAGGUCAGAGGAGCGUCCGGGAAAGGCCAAGUCGGCGACCCGUGUCUCGCCGCCGCCGACUGUUCGGACGGGCUGUGCUGCGCUCGCCACUUCUGGACGCGCAUCUGCAAGCCCGUCUUACACGAGGGACAAGUUUGUUCGCGCCAACGCGGGAAGCAGCGGCGACGUGGCCUGGAGCUCUUCCAGCGCUGUCCCUGCGGCGAAGGACUGGCCUGCCGCACGCCGCCCGGGGGCCCCCGAACCUCAGCCGCCGCCCUGCCCCCGUCCUUAGCGGCAGCAAAGUCCAAGUUCGCGGCCUACUCACGCCGCCCUACCCCUCUGGCGGCAAAGACAAGACUGCACGAGUGUCAGAGGAAGUGAAGCUCACAAAGGUGACCAGUCAUCGGAAAGUCAAGAGUAAAUCAACCGAGAUAUCUGGAAGAGAAUUGUGGACUUGCACAAGUCUGGUUCAUCCUUGGGUGAAAUUUCCAGAUGCCAUGUACCAAGUUGAUCUGUUCAAACAAUUAUAAGUAUUUUUUAACCAUUGAA